UCCUAGCAGCCCGCCAUCAUCGGGCGGCCGCGCGGGAAAACCCCCAGAAGCACCUGCCGUCUCCCGCGCCCGCCGCGAGCUCGCCGAAAUGCCGCCGCCGCCUCCGCCGCCGCGGAAGGAAUUCCCGGCGUUCCCGUUCGCGCCGUACCCGAUCCAGUCGGAAUUCAUGUCGUUCCUCUACGGCGCCCUCUCCUCCGGCCCCGGCGCCCUCGCCCUCCUCGAGAGCCCCACCGGCACCGGCAAGACGCUCAGCAUCAUCUGCAGCGCGCUCCAGUGGCUCCUCGACCGCCGCGCCGCCGCCGCCGCUACGGCGCCGGCCCACCCCGGCGGCGGCGCUGCCCCCGGGGAGGACGACGACGAGCCCGACUGGAUGCGGGAUUUCACGCCGCUGCCGCCGGAGAAGGAGGUCACGAAGAAGAAGAAGAAGAAGACCAAGCCUCCGGCGAUGAGGAAAACGGCCGGUUCGGGCAAACCCGGCGGGUAUGGGGAGCAAGGCGCCGGCGACGACGAUGGGGAGUUCCUGCCGGAGGAGUUUGAGAGCGACGGCGAAGACGGCGCGAUGCGCGGGGUGGGGAAGCGUGCACAUUGCGGCAGUAGCAGCAGCAGCGAGGGCGAGUCGGAUGAGGAAGAGGAGGAGGAGGUGACGCCCAAGGUUUACUUCACGAGCCGCACGCACUCGCAGCUGUCGCAGUUCAUUGGGGAGCUCAAGAGGACGGAGUUUGCGGGGAGGAUCAGGACGGUGUCCUUGGGGUCCAGGAAGAACUUGUGCAUCAACAAGGAUGUUCUGAAGCUUGGCAGUGCAAACCGGAUUAAUGAGAGGUGCUUGGAACUGCAGAAGAACAAGAAGAGCAGCAAAACUAAGGUUGAGGAUGAUAAAAGAAAGGCACGCCAAGCAAAGAACUCUUGUGGGUGCCCAAUGUUAAGAAAUAGAAGCCUACAGAAAGAGUUCAGGAGCAAAGUGUCAGACCAAGGUGCAUUAGACAUCGAGGAUUUGGCGCGGAUAGGAAGGAAGAUUGGAACAUGCCCCUACUAUGGUUCACGAGACAUGGUCCGCUCAGCUGACCUUGUAGUCCUUCCUUAUCAAUCUUUAUUGCUGAAGUCUGCUAGAGAAUCGCUUGGCCUUAAUCUGAAGAACAGUGUUGUCAUCAUAGAUGAGGCUCACAACUUAGCUGAUUCUCUGACCAACAUGUACAAUUCAAAGAUUACAUCUUCUCAGUUGAAGGCAGUUCUUUCCCACCUCGAUACAUACCUUAAUAGAUUUCACGAUGUUUUGGGAGCUGGGAAUCGACGAUACAUCCAGACCUUGACAGUUUUAACAAGGUCUUUCCUACGAGUUUUGAUCAACAAUCAAGAUGGUGCCAGCACUAUGUCUUCUAUGACCAUAAACCAAUUCUUGUUUUCCCUUGACAUCGAUAACAUAAAUAUAGUGAAACUUUGUCAGUAUGUAAAAGAAAGCAAUAUAAUUCACAAGGUUAGUGGAUAUGCCAAUAAGACAACUAGCAUCCAAGAUGGUGUAAAUCAGUUUGAUCUCCAGCAGGAACAUGAUGAAGGAAGCAGUAUAGCAUGUUUUCAGGCAUUGGUUGACUUUCUACGCUCCCUUAUGAACAGCAAUGAUGAUGGAAGAAUCAUUGUUGCAAAGCAAAAGCUCAGUGGACAACCUGAAGAAGCAUAUCUUAAAUUUGUGAUGCUUUGUGCGGAAAAAAUAUUUUCAGAGGUCACUCAGGAUGCUUAUGCUGUUAUCCUGGCUGGUGGAACCCUCCAGCCUAUUGAAGAAACUAGGCUACGCUUGUGUCCAAGCUUACCACCAGCUGAUAUAAAAUUCUUUACGUGCAACCAUAUUGUUCCUCCUGAGAGUAUUCUUCCAAUAGCUGUUACACGUGGACCCUCAGGCAUGGCAUUUGAUUUCAGCUACAAUUCAAGGAGCUCUCCUUCCAUGAUUGAAGAGCUUGGACGUUUCAUCUGCAAUAUUGUAACAGUUGUGGCUGAGGGAGUUGUUAUGUUUUUUUCUUCUUAUGAUUAUGAAAGGCGUGUAUAUGAUGCAUGGACUACUGCAGGAACAAUUUCCAAGAUUUGUAAAAAGAAACAUGUUUUCAGAGAACCAAGGAACAGUGCUGAUGUUGAGGCUGUCCUCAACAAAUACAAGGAGACAAUUCAAUCAUGUAAAAAUUCCCAAGACACAGGCAUAAAUGGGGCACUUUUAUUAGCCGUCGUUGGUGGUAAGAUUUCUGAAGGCAUAAACUUCAGCGAUGGGAUGGGUCGUUGUGUAAUAAUGGUUGGCUUGCCUUAUCCAAGUCCAUCUGAUGUUGAGCUGAUAGAGACGAUAAAGCAUAUCGAAACUAUUUCUAGCUCAUUUUUGGUUGGAGAUGAUAAGGCCUCAGGGAGAAAAUAUGAUGAUGAAUGUGAACUUCAGCCUGGUUACAAUAUAUUACGGAAGUGCACUAAAGGUGGAAGAGAGUAUUAUGAGAACCUGUGCAUGAAAGCUGUGAAUCAAUCUAUUGGCAGAGCGAUCAGGCACAUAAACGAUUAUGCUGCAAUGCUUUUGGUUGACUCUCGUUAUGCACAGACUUCAUCAAGCAAGAGUUAUUCCAGCCCAACUGAUAAGCUUCCUCAAUGGAUAAAAGCACGACUCUCUUGUGCAAAAAAUUAUGGUGAAGUCCAUAGACUGUUGCAUCAGUUCUUCAAAUUUAAUAAACAAAAGCGUUGAUAUGCUGUAGAAAACAAGAAGCAAGCAUUGCCACAGUUGAUGCAAUGCAAGCAAACACAUGCAGCAGCAGGCACCACCACCAGUGAUGGCACACGGAGUGGUGCAGUAACUUGGCAGUGAAACUCCGCACAUGGCCGGCAGGUUCUUGGCACCCAGAGCAGCCCUCUGAAGUUCAUAAUACUCCGAGCCUUGCAGCAGCAUCUGCUGUACUACAGCCUCAACCAGGCUGCAUACCUCCUGGCACCGAUGUGGGGGCUCCACCUGCCUGAUCCGGAGGCAGCACUCCUGCCGCAUCGCCAGGCAUCUGCUCGGGUACCACAUCGGUGGCCGGAGGAAGGGCCAUCCCGUUGCCAUGGGACACUUCUGCCUGAGGAGCUCGCCGCACGGGUGCAGGCUUCCGUAGUAGCCUGGUUGCUCCUGCGGCUCCAAGCCCUGCGCAGAGGUGGUGCUCGCAGCUAGAGCGAGGAGAGUGAGCACGAGGAAGAUCUUCAUGCUGGCUGCUGCUAUCUUUGUGCUAUCGUUUGGUGUCGAUGAACUGUGAAGAAAUUGUUGGUUGGUGUUGAUAGGGAAGUGCGUGUAAGAGGGUUAUUUAUAAUUGUGAAGACACGCCGAAUGCAUUCUGGGCUUGCUUCUGCAUUUGCUUUGCUACGUUGGUAAGUCUGUGCGUGGGGAGUCAUCGUGUUUGGAUGCUUCUGAAACUGAACAUUUGGCAUGCUGCAUUAGCUGGGGAUAGAGGUGCACUUAAGUGCUUAUAAAAGUUACUUUACACCACA